AUAGUAAUAGUCCUUUUGCAACUGAAGAGAAAAGAAGCAGACUGAUACUAACAUAUAGUUAGAAAUAGUUUUUAAAAUGAGGCCAAAGUGGAAUUUAUUUUUUAAUUGUAUUAAGUUUAGAAUAAAGUAUAAACAUAAAUUAGUGCCAGUUUUUUAUCAAAGUAAACGAAAUAGAUCAGAUUCACUAGACGUAAAUUUUGCAGAAAUUCCUAUUGAACGAAUAAGAAAUUUUAGCAUAAUUGCCCAUGUUGAUCAUGGAAAAAGUACCUUGGCAGAUAGACUUCUUGAAUUAACAGGUACAAUAAAAAAAGGCCAGAAUCAAAUAUUAGAUAAGCUUCAAGUUGAGAGAGAAAGAGGAAUAACCGUAAAGGCUCAGACUGCAUCUUUAUUGUAUAAAUAUAACGGAGAUAAUUAUCUUUUAAAUUUAAUAGAUACACCAGGACAUGUAGAUUUCUCAAAUGAGGUUUCUAGAUCACUUUCAGCUUGCCAAGGAGUCAUACUUCUGGUGGAUGCUAAUGAUGGAGUUCAAGCCCAAACAGUGGCUAAUUUCUAUCUAGCAUUUGUUAAUAAUUUGGUUGUCAUACCAGUUUUAAAUAAAAUUGAUUUAAAGAAUGCAGAUCCUGCUCGAGUUUGUAAUCAGUUACAAACACUUUUUGAGAUUAAUCCAAAUGAUGUUCUCAAGAUAUCAGCUAAGUUGGGAAUAGGUAUUGAGGAUGUAUUAGAAAGCAUAGUGACUAGAAUUCCUUGUCCUUCUGUGGACCAAACUUUACCAUUAAGAGCCUUAAUAUUUGAUUGCAUGUAUGAUAGAUAUAGGGGUGCUCUUAAUUUAAUUUAUGUACAAGAUGGGUCCAUUUCGAUCAAAGAUUCAAUUACAACAUUCCACAACAAAAAAGAAUAUGAAGUAAAAACACUUUCAGUUCUCAGACCUGGUGAAGUACCUGUUGACAAAUUAGUUGCUGGUCAAAUAGGUCUCUUAGGCUGUAAUAUGAGAUCUACAAAAGAAGCACAUAUUGGAGAUACAAUUCAUCACAGUAAUACGCCAAUAGAACCAUUAAAAGGUUUCAGACCAUCAAGACCUAUGGUUUUUGCUGGAAUAUAUCCAAUGGAUCAAUCACAACAUCUACAUCUUAGAAGUGCAAUUGAUAAACUGACACUAAAUGAUUCUGCAGUUACAGUAGAUUUGGAUACCAGUCCUGCUUUAGGCCAAGGAUGGAGAUUGGGUUUUCUGGGACUACUACAUUUAGAAGUAUUCACACAAAGACUAACACAAGAAUAUGGUGCAGAACCAAUAAUUACAGCACCUUCUGUCACUUAUAAAAUAAAAUUGAAACCUACAAAACAAAAUGUUAAAGAUGGAUCAGACAUAAUUUUUGUUAAUAAUCCUGCUAAUUUUCCAGAACAUGUUAAAAUUGAGGAAACAUUUGAACCAAUGAUUAUAGGUACCAUAGUGACACCUGAUAGAUAUUUGGGACCAAUAAUGUCGUUGUGCAUGGAACGCAGAGGAAUUCAAAGAUCCGCUAAUAAUAUAGAUAACGAAAGAGUUAUUCUUCAGUAUGAUUUGCCUUUGUGUGAAGUUGUUUUGGAUUUUCAUGAUAGCCUAAAAACAAUAUCUUCUGGUUAUGCCAGUUUUGACUAUGAAGAUAAUGGAUAUCAGAGUAGUAAUCUCGUCAAAUUGGCGAUAUUAUUAAAUGGUACAUUAGUUGACGAGUUGAGUAACAUUGUGCACAUAACGAAAGCAAAAACAAUUGGACGUCAAAUGGUAUUAAAAUUGAAAGAUAUUGUGCCUAGGCAAAUGAUACAUAUAGCAAUUCAAGCUACAGUCAAUGGAAAAAUUAUGGCUAGAGAAAAUAUUAAAGCUUUUAGGAAAGAUGUAACUGCAAAACUUGUUCGAUAAAAUCCUAUUACAGAAUCAUGUGUGUGUAUGUAUAAGUACGAGUAGAAAUGGUCUCAGGCUAAGGCUAUUGACCAGACAUUUUUUUUUUAUAUUGUACCUUGUGGAUGUACAGGAUUUGAAGAAUUAUUGGAAGAGGAAAGUUACGAUCAAUCAAAGAAAUGUCUAAAUUAGAUAUAGCCGCUUCAUUUUUCUUCUACUCCAGAAAAAUAUGAUUAGUAACUACAACUGCAAAAUGACUGUAAAAUAACCAAUUUAUAAAGGUGCACCGGAUAACAACAAUGGUUAUUUGGUAGAUUUGGAUGAAGCUGGAAAUAGACUUUCUGUUUUUUGCUAUGCUCACUGUAAAAUUUCUUAUGCUUGUAUUGUUACUUGGAGGCGAUUGUAAUGAGAUCUCCAAAUGCUUGAUGUAAUAUUUUUAUUGAGUUGUAUAGGUCUUCUCAACUACAAUAAAUGACUAUUAGUGAUAAAAAA